CACAGGUCUAAAUAUACCCCAAUUAACCCCCACCGCUAAUACACUGCUCAAUUAAAUAGUUAACUAAACUAAUUUAAAUAAACUUAAACAAUCUGUGGUGACAAAAGUGUUCGAUGUGCGAAAAUGUCAAAGUGCGAAUCCAUGGCGUAUAAAGUAAAUUAAAAAAAAAAACUAAUUAUCUGUUAUUUUGAUUUUUUUUUUCAACAAUGAUGGAGCAAAGGCCGAACGCCGUGUAUCCUAACUUAUCGGAUUUGAUUUACCAACAAAACAUCGAUCGUCUGAGCAUAGACGACGAGAAAUUCGGUGACAAUUUCUCUGAGAACAUAGAUACGUCGACGUCGCCCGUUUCUUUGGAAGAAGAGGACAGUUCCUCAGUUUUUGGUGUGGACUUGUCCGGGAAAGGGACCAAUUUGGGCGGGAAAUCAUUCACUAUAGCGGCCAUCUUGGGAUUGUCGAAUUCGGAGGAAGAUGUGAUGAACCUAAGCGUGCAAGAGCGGUUGCAUCAGAACCAAAGACAAUUGCAGAGCUACCUGUACGCGGGCCAUGACAUGCAGAGGUUGAACGACGGGUUCUGUAGGACUAUGGUCGGUGUGCCGCCGGCGUUAAGACAAGACAGUCCCAGACCAGACCUGCGGCCGCAGGCGACGCAGCUGAAGUCCAGAACACACCCUGUCACUUGUUCCAAUGGGUCUGGCAGAAGCAAGCGCAUCCGCACGAUCUUCACGCCGGAGCAGCUGGAGCGGCUGGAGGCGGAGUUCGAGCGCCAGCAGUACAUGGUUGGCCCCGAGCGACUCUACCUCGCGCACGCGCUGCAGCUCACCGAGGCGCAGGUGAAGGUGUGGUUCCAGAACCGGCGGAUCAAGUGGCGCAAGCACCACCUGGAGGUAACGCAGCAGCGACUGGCCGUACUGCACCGGCACCGCCCCGACGACGGCGACGUGUAGGCCUGCAGGCGCGACCGAACACUUCCAACUUAUACUAGCACUAGCGGACGCACGCGACUUCGUCCGUGACCUUUUUUGUUUUUUUAUUCUUUACAAGUUAGCCCUUGACUACAAUCUCACCAGAUGGUAAGUAAUGAUGCAGUCUAAGAUGGAAGCGGGCUAACUUGUUAGGAGGAGGAUGAAAAUCCACACCCCUUUCGGUUUCUACACGGCAUCGUACCGGAACGCUAAAUCGCUUGGCGGUACGUCUUUGCCGGUAGGGUGGUAACUAGCCACGGCCGAAGCCUCCCACCAGCC